AUGUUUCGUCACAGUCUACGAGCAGCUGCAAGAAGCAAUGCGUCUGCCUCAUGGCGGCCAAUUGCUGUCAGAAGUUUUGCCUCGGCGCCAAAGGCUGCUUUUGACUGGGAAGACCCACUUGCAUCAAAGAACCUCCUGACUGAGGAAGAACUUGCAAUUGCAGAAACCGCUGAGAGAUAUUGCCAGGAGCGUAUGAUGCCUAGAGUUCUACAGGCAUACCGUGAUGAGAAUUAUGACCCCAAGAUUCUGCAGGAAAUGGGAGAGCUUGGUCUUCUCGGUGCUAGCAUCGACGGCUAUGGCUGUGCUGGCGUGUCAUCUGUCGCUGGCGGCAUGAUCACGCGAGCUGUGGAGCGUGUUGACAGUGGUUACCGAUCUGGCAUGUCUGUGCAAUCUUCACUUGUCAUGGGCGGCAUUCAUGAAUUUGGCACUGAGGAACAAAAGGAGAGAUUCCUUCCUGAGAUGGCCAAGGGCAAGCUGCUUGGCGCCUUUGGUCUCACUGAACCCAACCACGGCAGUGACCCCGGCAGCAUGGAGAGUAUUGCGAAGCCUCACCCUACCAAGAAGGGAUAUUACUCCCUGAGCGGAGCCAAGACUUGGAUCACCAACAGCCCCAUCGCCGAUGUUCUCAUGGUAUGGGCAAAGCUGCAAGAGACUGGCAAGAUUCGCGGCUUCCUCGUCGAGAGGAAGGACUGCCCGCCCGGCACCUUGUCUACCCCUGCCAUCAAGGACAAGAACGGCUUGCGUGCUUCAAUCACCGGCAUGAUUCAGUUGGACGAGUGCCCUGUUCCCGAAGCCAACAUGUUCCCCGAAGUUGAGGGCCUAAGAGGGCCUUUCAGCUGUCUCAACAGUGCUAGAUAUGGUAUUUCCAUGGGCGUCAUGGGUGCACUGGAGGAUUGCAUUGCCCGAGCGCGAACUUAUGCCCUGGAGCGCAAGCAGUUCAAGGGCAACCCUCUGGCCAAGUACCAGCUUAUCCAGAAGAAGUUGGCCGAUGCCGCCACUGACGCCGCCUACGGUACCUUGGCCGCCAUCCAGGUCGGACGUCUAAAGGAUGAGGGCAAGGCAACCCCUGAGAUGAUCAGUAUGGUCAAGAGACAGAACUGUGACGUUGCUCUGCGAAAUGCCAGAGUGCUACAGGAGAUUUUCGGAGGCAAUGCUGUCAGCGACGAGUAUCACAUUGGACGCCAUGUUGCAAAUCUGUUUGUUACGCAGACAUACGAGGGACAGAGUGAUAUCCACAGCCUUAUUCUGGGACGAGCCAUCACUGGUAUUCAGGCGUUUGUUUAA